AUGUUCAACGACAACCAUAAUAAUCAACACUACAAUCUCAACCUCGGCAAUAGUAGCAAUAAAAAUAGCAACAAAAACAAUAAUAAUGUCAGGAAUAUACAAAAAAUCAACAGCAACUAUUCAGCCAACGAAGCGACCUAUCCCCAUUCAAUCUUUACAGAGAACAACACUCACGAACCUCCGGUAAACUCAUUCCCAUCUGGGACCCAGUAUAGACCCACACCUAAAUUGGAAAAAGAGCUUCCGAAUCCAAGAAACAACGAAUACGAGCUUUCAAACAUGGAUGAAUCCAAUAAUAUCAGAAGAUACUCAUAUACUCCGUAUCUGGCGGAAACGUCUAACUACAACAACUAUGACGAAAUAAGAGCUUAUAGCCCCAAUCCUUUUGCGGAUAGAAACCUUGCACCACUUCCAUCGAUUCCUCACUCAGAUCCUUUUGAAGAGACACCGUUGGAAACCUCAAGCAACGAUCUCUUGAAAGAUGAGUCUGACAGCCAUGACAGACAGCAAUUUAACGAAAGAGAAAGAAUCAAGCUUUUGCGCAGAAAGCCGAGAUUCCACUAUACGAGGCUUCCGUACUUCACGAUUCUCGUGACUUUGAUCCAGGUAAUCGUCUUCAUUGUAGAAUUGGCGCGUAUGGCUCAAUUAACUGGUUCGGCAUUUCAAACCAAGCCUUACUUCAAUCCGAUGUUAGGUCCAUCUACAUACCUCUUGAUCUAUAUGGGUGCAAGAUACGUUCCUUGUAUGCUGCAGAUUGUAGGAAUCACGGACGACACAUCGAUCAUGUUUCCCUGUGCAAACUCGACCACAGUAGACACCAAUGUUUGCAAUUUGAGCGAGCUCUGUGGCUUGGGAGGUGUUCCUAUUGUAGAUAAUAAGUUCAUUCCAGACCAAUGGUAUCGUGUGAUUACACCUAUCUUUUUGCACGCUGGGUUUCUUCAUAUUAUAUUCAAUCUUCUCUUACAGAUCACCAUGGGUUCUUCCAUAGAACGUCAUAUUGGUGUACUCAAGUAUGCUAUCAUUUAUCUCCUGAGUGGUAUAGCUGGUUUCUUGCUAGGAGCAAACUUCACUCCACAAGGUAUCGCGUCCACCGGAGCUUCAGGUGCCUUGUUUGGAAUCGUCGCUACCAACAUAUUGCUAUUCAUAUAUUGUGGCAGAAAAAAUACCAAUCUCUAUGGAACUCGCCAUUACGUCUUAUUCAUCUGCAUCAUGGUAGGCGAAAUCAUCAUUUCUCUAGUUCUAGGUUUAUUACCUGGUCUUGAUAACUUUAGUCAUAUUGGUGGGUUUGCUAUGGGUGUCUUGACAGCAGUUGUAUUCUUGCCAGAUCCCUUCUUUGUAUACAUAGAUGGUAUCAUUACCUACAAAGGAAAUGCAACCACAUGGGAACAGUUUGUGAACGCCUGGAACCCUUUCUAUGCCUGGGAAGACAAAAUCCCCUUACGAUUCUAUAUUUGGUGCGGUUUUAGAGUCGUUUGUCUCGUACUUGCCAUAGUCUAUCUCGCGAUGUUGAUCAAGAACUUUUUUACUAACACUGAGUCACCAGAAUCUCGCUGUUCCUGGUGUAAGUACAUCAAUUGUAUUCCUGUAAAUGGCUGGUGUGACAUUGGAGAAGUGACUAUUACUACAUCUACAGUUGCACAACCUACUGCUACUCCACCUCCUACAAUG